AUGGGUGUAAUAAGUGCAGUAUUCAGAGGAGAAAGCAUUUUUUAAUUGACUCUUCUAUACAUUUUUUAUGAGAGUCAUGUCAAUGAUGUCAUUAUUUUAGGAUCAAAAUAUCAAUCUAUCGAAGAAUAUUUAAGUUCUUCUGAAGCCUCCAUAUAAUAUAGAUUUAGAUAGGACUCAAUGAUCCAGUAUUAUAUUUGGGUUGAUAAUUGA